CAUAUGUGAUAGGGAAUGUUCUCCAGGAGCUCCAAGCCGUGUAUUGUCCUCACCACAGCUCGAUCCACAGUAACAGCGCGUCCCGGUGCUCUGGAUGAAGGGGGGGUCGCUGCGAACUUGCGCCAAAGCCAAAUUAUAACCGAAAACGACGCGCGAUCGGCGGACCGGGUAAGGACGACGCACGGGGGUUAGACUAGUCAACCCCAAAAUAAGUCGAUUAUAAACGGAUAGUGUUGAUUUAAAAAAAAAAAAAAAAAAAAGAAAAAGAAAAAGACGCAUGGACACACACCGCCAUCCGAGAAAAUAAUUGUGUUUUUUUUUCCGCCUGUGGAGAUUUCAAUGGAUGAAAGCACAACAGAUGGAUCCAGCCGAUGUCUACAGGAAUGGGAUGUAGAUGUGUGAUGGCAGGUGGGACAUGCACAACAGUUUGGUUUCACCUCAAUCAAACUUCAGCGAAAUCGGACGUGGGACCAUUAGCGCGCAUUUACUGUAGAUGAACUGAAUCACUAUCGUGUACAGUAGCGCGCGUGGAAAUGACGGCUGCUUUAUUAUGGGAAACUGCACCGUGCCAUUCACCGGACUGGCAUUGGAUUUAGAGGGUUAUCCUCCUUGUCGUUGGACUGCCGUGAAGGUCAUCCCCAAAUUCUGAUUCUGAUCCAGAUAUCCUUCAGAUCCGGGUUGGUCCUGUACGUGCAUGAUCUGUAUUUUUUGUAUUUUUUUGACUGAUCCUGGAGCACCCCCACACGCUUUUGCCCUAACAAGUGUAAAACCACAGAUGGACCCACUGUGCAAUGGAACCAAGAAAACUGAGGGCAGCGAUCCACUUGUAGAACCCAGACCCCCUCCUGCCAAGCUGGCUCGUCUGGAACAAGACGGCGCGGGACCCUCAGCCCAGGAGAGAAGCAAACAAGGGAGUCCGGGGGCCAAAAAAACCUGCCUGGUGCAGAAACCCCCCACAGUGAGGCCACAGAGCAAGAGCUGGCACAGCAGAGGGAGCCUGCUGCCAGUGUUCUGUGUGGUGGAGCACAGGGAGAGCCCUCUGGAGGGAGUCCGGCGAGAGGACCAUGCAGAGUUUGUGUUGAUCAAGCGAGAUCUGCUCUUCAACCAGCUGAUAGAGAUGGCCCUGCUGACCCUGGGGUAUUCUCACAGUUCUGCUGCACAGGCCAAAGGUCUGAUCCAGGUGGGCAGGUGGAACCCCGUACCUCUGUCCUGUGUUACAGAUGCUCCUGACGCCACAGUAGCUGACAUGCUGCAGGACAUAUACCAUGUAAUCACUCUAAAAAUACAACUGCACAGUUGUCCUAAAUUGGAGGACCUGCCAGCUGAGCAGUGGAGUCACUCCACAGUGAGAAAUGCACUAAAGGAGCUUCUCAAGGAAAUGAACCAGAGCUCCCUGGCCAAGGAGUGUCCGCUUUCACAGAGUAUGAUAUCAUCUAUUGUAAAUAGCACUUACUAUGCAAAUGUCUCAGCUGCCAAGUGUCAUGAGUUUGGUCGGUGGUACAAGCACUUCAAAAAGACCAAAUUCUUCAAGGCCUCUCUGUCAGAUAUCGACAGCUUCUCUGACCAUUCCUCACACGUUCCUCUCACCCAGCAGCCAAUCACAAGUAGCCCAACUGAGCAGACCUCCACCCUUGUGUUUCCCCGUGGAGGAGUAGCCAGUAUCUGCAGUCGUUCUUCCCUCGCUCUCCGUCCGUCGGGGAUGGUAACCCAACCACUCAACCCCCAGAUGGUCAGCCAGCAGCUGGUUAUGGCCCAGUUUCUGAACCAGCAGUCUUUUGUUAGCCACAUGCUAGCUGGCCAGUUCCUCCCUCCAUCCCCACAGCAGUAUCUCAACCACCCGCCUGUGGGGAGGCCUCCUGCUAAGGUGUUCCCCAAGGUGUCUGAGGUGCCCCAAGGGCCGCAGCAGGCCCAGUGUGGCCCAGUGGGAGGCAUCUCAGCUAUGGCACAAAGCCAGACAGGGUCGGUGUCGUUUGUGGGUCCCACAGAUGUGCCAAGUGAUAUCUACCAGUGUGUGAGGGAGGAACUGAAGAGAGCCGGAAUCUCCCAAGCCAUCUUUGCUCGUGUGGCCUUCAACAGGACUCAGGGUCUUCUCUCUGAGAUCCUGCGUAAGGAAGAAGACCCUAAGCACGCCUCUCAGUCUCUGCUGGUCAACCUGCGAGCCAUGUACGGCUUUCUGCAGCUGCCUGAGGCUGAGAGAGAACGCAUCUACCAGGAAGAGAAAGAACGGAGCCUGACGGGAUUCACACCCAACUGCAGCAACACGCCACCGAGAUCAACCCAGGCAAGAUUGUCUCCGGUUACAGGAGACAGGAUGUUGAGGGUGGACAACGGCGCCCUCAGUGUCAGCUCUGCGAUCUAUGAGGAGAUUCAGCAUGAGAUGAAGCGGGCCAAGGUGUCCCAGGCCAUGUUUGCAAAAGUGGCAGUUUCCAAGAGCCAGGGCUGGCUGUGUGAGCUGCUGCACUGGAAAGAAGAUCCAAGUCCAGAGAACCGGACUCUGUGGGAGAACCUGUGCACGAUUCGUCAGUUCCUCAACCUGCCCCAGUCGGAACGGGACGCCAUUUAUGAACAGGAAAGCACCAACAACUCUGCACAGCAGCACUGCACCGAGAGGCUGGCUCUGUUCACUAAUGAUAAUACGCUGUACCAACGAAUCUCUCCACUGUCACAGCCACAUCACCUUCAACCUCACCAAACUUCGCAGCCAGAGGCGGGACCUCACUUGUCUCCACGGCAACCAUGCGCCACAUCACCAGCAGACAGUGAAGCUGGGGGUAACUGGGGACACUUGAGAGUGUGUUUGCAGGGCAGAGGUAGCCUCGGUGAGAGAGAGGACACUAAGGAUUGGUUUGAAGGGGGAGGAGGAGACAGGGCCAGCUUUGGAGAGGACCAAGGUUGCACCGCAAGAAUAAAUGGCACAGAAAAAGAUGAGCAGCUAAGAAAUGGAAAUAUGGGUAAGGAAGGCAUAAAUGAGAUCAGUGAAGAUAGAAAAGAAUGCAGGGUCAAGGAGAAGCUCUCCAUGAACAGGUUCAGCUUAAAGGGUGAGGACAGAGUUAGAGCUGGGGUUCCUUCUGAUGUAGGUAAUGAAACUGAAAGUGGACCAAGGGUCCAGGGUGUGGGCUUAAAAGUGUCUCAUGAAGCAAUGGGAAUCCUGCAGAGCUUCAUCCAGGAUGUGGGCCUCAACCCGGACGAGGAGGCGAUCUACACGCUGUCGGCUCAGCUCGGUCUACCUAAACAGAUCAUCCGCAGCUUCUUCAACAGUCAAGACCACGGACAGAAACAAGAGCAAGAUAAGCAUUGGUACCACAGCCAGACCCGAAAACACAGCCACAUAAAUGUAGAAACAAACACGUCCCAGGUAGAGAGAACUACAGAGGAUAAAGAAGAGGAGGAAGACGAGGAGGAGGAGGAGGAAGGUGGUGGACCACAAGGGAAUACCGAAACAGAGCAAAAACAGGAAGAGAGGCAAAUCCAGAAGGAUGACACAAGUGAAAUGAUCAUUUUAAAGGAGUUGGAUGUUGGUACUCAAACCAUUCAACCUCUGAAAGAAGAGCAGGAGAGCUACAUCUAAACCAGGCCCACACACUGGGGGGAUUUUCACGAAAACCGCAUGCUUGAUCCACAUCCAGCUCAAUCAUAUUACAUACUGUGAUAGUAUGUUACUACUGGUCUUUGUCCCUUAAUGCUGUUGAAAGACUAGACUUGCAAUACUGCAGAAAGAUUCAUAACUCAAGACCUACUUUAUACUUAAACUUUGAUGUUCUUAAUGGACUUGAGACAGAAAAUAACUGUGAUUUUAUGUACAGAUAAUAUUAGUACUUGAUUUCUGUGAGUAGACACGCAAAUGUCUGGAUGAAUGGGGCCUAAUACAAAAACCUUCAAUUACAUAUUUGUAGUUCAUCUAUAAUUUGAGAUAUGUUCAUGCCAGAAAUGCCUUGCAGAAAGUGGCACUGCCAGUUUGUCGUUUUUUGUUUUUUUGCCCAUUGUUUCUGUAUUUAUUAUUGUUAAUGAAUUUGUUGAGUUUUAAAUCAGAUUUUAAAAGCA